AAAGGUGGGAACCGACAGAGCUAGAGCCCACUAGUAGAAGUUGCUAAAACUAGUGGAAAACUGUUAUUAGCGGGAUAUUAAAGCAGUGGAACUAGCAAGCUAACAGCACUAAUUGCGUGAAGGCUAGGCUACAGAGGUACUGUAGCUAGCUGACAACAAUACUGCUAACAAGCUACCUUAGGUAACUUCACUCUGUGUAGGUGAAGUGGUAACCCAUACCAAAUGGAACAGUUAAGCUGAGAGCUAGGUUUUCUUUAAAAAGCUCUUAAACAGGUUCAGAAUCAACAGAGGCGAAAAAUGAGGGGAACCAGGGCAAUGCAUGGUGUUAUAUAGACUGGUGGGGCUUAACUCACAAUGCCCUAAUUGGCCUGUUAGGCGUGAUUGAAUAAGGCUUCAGCGAAUGACCUGCACGAGGGUAUGUCCCAUAGUGAGAUGUUGAACUGAGGCCACUGGAAGAGAACCCAGGAGUAGCAUAUCCUCCUCACUUACUACAGAUCCAGUGGUAGGGUGGUGACACAACGAGAGUUCCAGCAUAUUCUGAAUAGCAAACACCAAGUUAGAGAUCAGUGGAUACUACAGGACAAAAACAGAGAAUGAACGUGGAGAAUCAGGAAGGGAAGAGGGAACAGUGGAGCUCUAAAACAGAGUUCCUCCUCACAGUUUGUGGUAACGUGGUCGGCCUGGGAAAUGUAUGGAGGUUCCCCUAUCUCUGCUAUAAGAACGGUGGAGGUGCCUUCCUUGUGCCCUACCUGCUGUACGUUGGGCUAUGUGGUCUUCCUCUGUUCCUUCUCGAGACAUCAAUUGGUCAGUACACCCAACAGGGCAUUGUCACAUGCUGGAGGAGCUUAUGUCCGCUUGCUGAAGGUGUUGGCAGGGCAGAGCUUCUCAUCCUGAUCUAUGACUCUAUCAUUUACCUCGUGAUCCUGGCCUGGACUCUAUUCUACCUGGUGUUCUCUUUCAGUUCUCAGCUACCUUGGGCCAGCUGUGGUAACACCUGGAACACAGAUCAAUGUGUGGAUUUCUCUUCACUAAACCAUACUGCCAACUAUACCUCCAAAAUCACCACUACUUCUGCUGCCACUGAGUUCUGGGAGCGUCGUGUGUUGGCUAUCUCUGGAGGCAUUGAAGAGGUGGGCAGUGUAAGAUGGGAGCUGAUGCUCUGUCUCCUCGCCUGUUGGGCUGUCUGCUACUUCUGUAUCUGGAAAGGAAUCAGGUACUCAGGAAAGGUGGUGUAUUUCACUGCCACAUUUCCCUAUCUGAUGCUCUUGGUGUUGCUGGUGAGAGGGUUGACUUUACCUGGAGCUUGGGAGGGGAUUCAGUUUUACCUGUAUCCAGACCCAGUCCGCCUUGCAGACCCCCAAGUCUGGAUGGAAGCAGGAACGCAGGUGUUCUUCUCCUACUGUAUUGGACGGGGAAGUCAAACUGUUUUGGGAAGCUUCAACAAAUACAACAAUAACUGCUACAUGGACAGCUUUUGGCUGUGUCUGCUGAAUGGUUGUACCAGUUUUGUGGCUGGAUUUGCAGUCUUCUCGGUGCUGGGAUUCAUGGCACAGAAACAGGGUGUUUCUGUCGCGAUGGUGGCAGAGUCAGGUCCUGGUUUGGCAUUCAUCGCCUUCCCCCAGGCAGCAGCCAUGAUGCCCUUGCCACAGCUCUGGACGGUCUGCUUCUUCAUUAUGCUUCUUCUGCUGGGAAUUGACACACAGUUUGUCAUAAUGGAGGGAGUGAUAACAUCUUUCACAGACUUAUUUCCUGUUACACUGCGAAGGCCCAGAUAUCGAGAGGGAUUUGUGCUCCUCUUCUGUCUCUCCUGCUUCCUUAUACAGCUGACUCUGAUCACAGAGGGUGGGAUCUUUGUGUUCCAGCUCAUUGAUUACUACGGCUGCAGCGGAGCAUGUGUUCUCUUUGUGGCUGUGUUUGAGUCACUGGCAGUGGGAUGGAUCUUUGGGGCAGAUCACAUGGAGGAUGCCAUUAAGGACAUGACUGCACAGAGACCGUGUGUCCUCUUCAGACUGUGCUGGCGUUACUUCACCCCACUUGUGUCUCUGAGUUCCUUUAUUUUACACAUGGUGGACUAUAAGCCUCUCAAGUUUAACCGCUGGUACAUGUACCCAGACUGGGCCUAUGCACUGGGCUGGGCCAUGGCCCUCUCCUCCAUCCUCCUGGUGCCACUGUGGGGGAUUGGCAAGAUCUGCGUUGGCACAGGCAGCCUCAGACAGCGCUUGGCUGUCCUUUGUCACCCUGAUGAUGACCUCCCUCUAACCCGGCAGGGGAAAUGCCAAAACUCAGAAAUGGAGACAUUGCAAGAUAUUAACCGCAUAUGAGCUUCAUUUUGCUUAUUAAGGAGACAGCUAUGCGCUGGGCAUUAGCAGUGAUAUUGUUUGAAAGCUUGUUUAUUAAAACUCUCAUGCAGUGGCA